GAAACCCCUGACACGUCUGUUGUCGCCGACGAAGAGCCCCCAGUGAAAGCCACUCGUCAGUCGAGAAAGCGUCCGGCUCCGGAAACAGAAGAGGAAGAAGCGGAGGACAUCAAGACUACCUCAAGGCGGACUUCGCAGAGGAAGAAACGCGUGGUUACUAGGCAGUCUUUCUACAUUGAGGUACCCAACAAGACACAAGCGUCCUCAGCGAGGUCCAAGUGCACUGGCAAGCCCGUUACCGCCGUUCCUAAGACCAAAGGCAAGGGCAAAGCUGCUCCCGAGGUCAAAGAGGACGAUGACGUGGAGUACAUGUCUGAGUCCGAGCUUGAGUAUGAUGAGUCUGCGGACAGUGGUUCUGCCUUUGAAGCUUCUGAAGAUGAGGGAUCUGAAGGUCAUGAUUCGGAGGAAGACGAGGCACUGAUCCUCCAGGCCACUAUCGAGCUGUCGAACCAAACGGCCCGGCGCGAUGCACAGGAACGGGCCGGCAUGGGCUCGUCGUCAAAAGUAGUUUCUGUACCAAGUGCCGCUGUGACUGUUCGCGCGGCCCGCGCCGAAAGGCGUCUCGCCAAAGGCCGGAAGAAUAAACGCAAGGUCUACGAUAGCGACGAGGACGACUUUGAGAUUCUCGAGGAGGAUAUUUCUGAACUUUCUGCCCUUGAGUCGUCAGAUGAGGAAGAAGAGCCCUUGUCUAAGGGCAAAGGCAAGGGGAAGGGGAAGAAAAAGACGUCCAAGUUUGCCAGGAACCUCCUGGACCCGAACUCGGCGGAACGCCACCGUUCUCAUCGAAAGGUCCUCCAGGCCGAGAAAAAUGAGAUGUACCGGAUAUAUGGACGCAGACCUACAGUAGCUCAAAGAAACGAAUAUUAUCUCAGAAAGAACCAUCCUGAGCUGCGGGAUGUGUGGGGUGAUCUAGAAGCAACCAUCCCCGUCAUCGUUCCCGAGCCUGCAGAACAGCCUGCAGGAUUGAAGGUUACUCUCCUCCCAUUCCAGCUGGAAAGUCUUACCUGGAUGCGGAAGCAAGAGACAGGGCCAUGGCACGGUGGGAUGUUGGCAGACGAGAUGGGUAUGGGCAAGACCAUUCAGAUGAUCUCGCUCUUCGUGUCCGAUUUGAAGAGACCGAAUCUUGUCGUAGCUCCAACUGUUGCCCUCAUGCAGUGGAGGAACGAGAUUGCUGCCCAUACUGAGGGCAUGAAUGUCCUCGUGUGGUAUGGUUCCACUCGCAUGACAGACCCCAAAGAGCUAAAGAAAUACGAUGUCGUCCUCACGACGUACGCUGUCUUGGAAAGCGUUUUCAGAAAGCAACAGAGUGGUUUCAAACGCAAGGGCAUGAUUGUCAAAGAGCGUUCGCCGCUUCAUUCGAUGAAGUGGAACCGGAUCAUUCUUGAUGAAGCACAUAACAUUAAAGAGCGUGCCACAAACACCGCAAAGGCAACCUUCGAGCUCGAUAGUAACUAUAAAUGGUGUCUCUCUGGCACGCCACUGCAGAACCGUGUCGGGGAACUGUACAGUUUAAUCCGCUUCUUGGGUGGUGACCCCUUUUCAUACUAUUUCUGCAAGAGGUGUGACUGCAAGUCUUUACACUGGAAGUUCUCUGAUAGGAAGAACUGUGACGAGUGUGGGCAUAGUCCUAUGCAGCAGACCUGUUUCUGGAAUAAUGAGAUAUUGACGCCCAUCCAAAAGAACGGUCUCGCGGGUCCAGGUAGACAUGCCUUUAAGAAGCUGAGGGUCCUCCUCGAUCGUGUCAUGCUUCGCCGGACGAAGGUCCAACGUGCGGACGACCUGGGAUUACCCCCACGGAUCGUUGUUGUCAAACGUGACUACUUCAGCCCCGAGGAAAAGGAACUGUAUCUUUCUCUGUUUUCUGACGCCACGCGUCAGUUCAGCACCUAUGUUGACUCCGGAACUGUCCUAAACAACUACUCCAACAUUUUCAGCUUGAUCACUCGCAUGAGACAAAUGGCCUGUCAUCCUGAUCUUGUACUUCGUAGCAAGACCAACGGUGCUAAGUUCCUCGCAGCUGAUGAGCCAGGCGAAGCUACCGUUUGCAGGCUCUGCAAUGAUGUCGCGGAAGAUGCUAUCCAGGCCAAGUGUCGGCAUAUCUUCGACCGCGAGUGUAUUCGCCAGUACCUUGAGGCAGCUGCCGAAAUCUCUCCUGAUUGUCCUGUUUGUCACGUACCGUUGACAAUCGACCUUGAGGCUCCCGCACUAGAACUAGACGCGGAGGUGCAGACUAGUACCAGGCAGGGUAUCCUCGGCCGCCUCGACCUCGACAAAUGGCGUUCGUCUACGAAGAUUGAAGCGUUGGUCGAAGAGUUAUCCAACUUGCGUCUACAGGAUCACACUACCAAGAGCAUCGUAUUCAGCCAGUUCGUCAACUUCUUGGACCUCAUUUCGUUCAGACUGCAGAAGGCUGGAUUCAAGAUCUGUCGUCUAGAGGGCACCAUGAGCCCUCAGGCACGCGAUGCGACUAUUCAGCACUUUAUGAACAACACGGAAGUAACGGUGUUCCUUGUCAGCUUAAAAGCUGGUGGUGUGGCCCUCAACCUGACUGAGGCAUCUCGCAUCUAUCUUAUGGACAGUUGGUGGAACCCGGCUGUUGAGUUUCAGGCCAUGGAUCGUAUCCAUCGACUUGGACAACACCGGCCUGUCAAGGCUUAUAAGCUGGUUGUAGAAGACAGCAUUGAAAGUCGUAUUAUCCAGCUUCAAGAGAAGAAGUCGGCCAUGGUGGAUGCCACUCUGUCGACUGAUGAUUCUGCCAUGGGUCGCUUGACGCCAGAAGACUGGGUUUCUUGUUCCGAUUGUGAUGGCUCCAUCGCAUAUUGGUACCUGAUACCUACUCAGCUGCUGAUCCUCGCUUGCUCUCAUCCUUCACAUCCCCGAAUCACGAGGUUCGAGUUGCAUAUUCAACGACCAACGUCCAAAUGCUAUGAUAUCUACUACGCCCCACAUCAUAUUGUACACCUUUCUGUCAUAUCUCGAUUCAACUUCCUGUAUUAACCCCUUCAUCACAUUAUUCUUCAAAUAAAUAUUGACAUGAC